AUGCAAGACGUGAAGGACGGGAAGAGCCUCAAGCCACACAUCGAUGCCAUGGAGCGUCAGUUGAAUGAAGUGUUUGAUGCAGUCGACAAGACCAACAAGCACUUCUGGCCAUCCAUGCCGCGGGCAGAAGAGGUUGUGAAUCAAUCGCCAGGCUACUUUUCCCGUGGUGAUAUCAGCGAGGUGGCCGUUAUCUUGGGGUCGAACUACACUGCUUGGAGGGAUACUCCUGGAGCCGUCAAUUGGGUCAAGAAGAAGCUCAAGGGCCGGAAGUCGCAGAAGAAUGCGAACGCGAAGCGGAUGAACUUGAUACUGGGUUUCGGUUGGUGGUGGUAUGCGUCUGAUACAGGCCUCGCUUCUGACCAAUAA